CUGUGCAGAGUGCCGUCGAACGGUUUAUGCGCAUUUUGUUCUUUUGCCGCAUGCGCACAGUUAAGAUGUCCAUCUAAAACAUGCGUCUGUUGUAGUGUUUAUACUGUUUAUAGCGUCCCGGCGUACUGUAGUGGUAGUGUCCAUACCGCCGUUUUCCAUGUAGCCUGCGUUUAGCCGCCAUUUAGGCUUUGUGUCUCUGGUGCAACGGUCAAGCGUCUGUGCGUCUGUGAGCUUCAUCGUUGUUCGUGCGGCCCGUCGGUUGUCGUAGCCGAUAAAGGCCAUAAUUUCAGUACGUCCAUUGACGUUUUGCUCAGCCGUUCACCGGUCUUAGUCCAUCGAAGUCAACGGAGUGCGAGAAAGAUCCCGGUUAGGUACUUAUAUAACCUUUGCGCCGACGGUGAAUACGACACGGUUGCUGCUGUUCCGACGGCAUAGUGAAGAAGGUCCGACAACGUAGUGUUGCAGACCGAUUGUUUACUAUCGUUUGAUUUUCCAUUGUCUGUUGUGUGUGGACGGUACUGAUUUGUUUGAGCAACGAACGUUUGUAAUAAUGAACAAUAUGGAAGAGAUGAACACUGAUGAUCAGCUUGUAACAAUUCAUUUUGAUGAUGAUGCAGAUGUCGAAUUGAACAAAUCGUAUUUAAUUGAACAUAGUGCAUAUUUUCAAGCUAUGUUCAGUGGAUAUUUUGUAGAAUCUCAAACAGGACACAGAAUACAUAUAAAGGAUAUAAGCUUUGAUGGUUUUAUGAAAGUCAUUAACAGUUUGCAAUCUAAUAAAGUAGUUUUCAAUGGCAUAGAAGAUAUACUCCUUAUACUGGAAGUAUCACAGCUUCUUCAGUUUUCUUUCAUAAUUUUUGAGUCUAUUAAAAUUAUUAAAGAAAAGUAUCUAUUUACAAAUCAUGCAAUAGAUAUAUUUCCAGAAGUUUCUAAGCUUGGAUUGCAGAAUUUAUUAGAUAAAUCACGUGCUUAUAUUUUAUAUAAUUUUACUACAAUAUUGAAAAAAAAUAAAUUUGGUUUCUUGAAACUAAAUGAAAGAGACUUACAAUCAUUGUUGAAUAGCAAUAGUUUGAAUGUGGCCAACGAAAAAGAUGUAUAUGAUUUAAUUAUUGAUUGGUGUUCUACAAACAAUGGUUACAAUUUUGAGUAUGAAUUGGCUGUUAGUUGUGUGCAUUUUAAUGUCAUGUCUAAAGAGGAAUUAGAAUGUUGUAUUUCAAAAACUAAAAAUUCAAUAUUACAAGACGUCAUCAAACCAUACAUAGAUAUAUCAAGAGAGAAUCAUGAUACAGUGUCUUUAAUUCGACCGAUAAGAUGUAUUCCUUAUGUUUUGUGUGCUGUUAAAAAUGAAGAUGAUGGCCAUGCUUUUAUCUACCGCUGGGACUGGAGUUCUAUGCAGUUUACAAAGUUUCUAAGAUUGGAUCCAUUGCCUCUUGAUACUACUGGAUAUCACGUGUUUAUUAAAGAUUUAGAUGUUUAUGUGUUGGCUGGAGAAAUUGCAUUUGGAAGAGGAAUGUGGAACAAGGAAGGAUGGAAGUAUAAUUUACUGACCGAAAAUUGGAAGAGAUUACAAGAUUUUCAUCCAUCCAGCAGACGCCACGGAGUUGGAUAUUUUUGUGGUGAUAAUUUGUAUUUAAUUGGAGGUCUUACAAAACAUAGAUUGCCAAAUCAAGUUAUCGAGCACUAUGGCUAUGAUAGCGUGAACGAUACACUAGUUCUAGUUAACAACACUGUAUGCCCAUAUUUUCAACAAAGAGCAAACAGAGUAUAUUAUACUAGUUUGGAGUACAAAGGUAACUUGGCAUUGAUAACUAAAGACAACGAACCAACAUGGUAUGACUUAAGUAUAAAUCCAUUUAACAAAGGAUCUUAUAAGUGGAGAAGACGCUUAAUUGAUUUAAAUGAAGUGGUGAUUUGUGCAACCGCUUUGGAUGAUAUUGUUUACAUGCUUACUUAUGACCAAAAGCGUGUUAUUAGUUUACACAGUUACUGCCCAAUGUUUGAAUGCUGCCAGAAGUUGAAAUCUUUUACUAUAAAAUAUGAUGAAGCUACUACUAUGUGUGCUUUUAAUGUUGAUAAAGCUAUGGUGUUUAAAAACGAUACUUUUGAAUAUUAUUCUGUUGAUAAUGACUACUUUAUAGAAUACAAAAUUCAAUUGAAUUCCUUUCAUUCUGACUAUUUAUUCAGUGUUCCUAUUUAUAUAAACAAAACAUAUUGAUUUAAUUCUAGUUAAGUUUUAUAAUUUAUAUUAUUUUCUUUAGUAUUAUCUAAGUUUAUGGAACUUUGUGAUGAUGCAGACUACUAAGUUAUAAUUUAUAUGUUGAACAUGAUUUAUUUUCUUUAUUAAUUAUCGUACAAAUUACAUUUUAAUUUUAAUUUUCAUUAAUUAUAUUUAUAUUCUUUUUAAACUUAAGUUAU